AUGACAGAAGAAGAAUUUAUCAAUAUAACAGCUAUCAUAUAGAAAACAAAUAAUUAAAAAAUUAUUUAAACUCUAAAUUAAUUCAAAAGUACAAUAGAGAAAGUGAAUACUUAAGAUGGAAAUAAAAUAUUUGUUAAAAAAUGUUUGAAUAUUGUUUAUAAUGAUGUGCUUUCAAAAAUUGAUGAAUUAUCAGAUAUGGAAGACAAUAGAGGUAACUAAAUAAAAUUGGCAUUUGAACUUGAAAAAAUUAAGAAAAUUAUUGAAAUGCUACCUUAUAUCAAUAAAAAACCAAAAAAUACUAUUUUUAAUGAUGAAGAGUAUAUGAAUAUUCCAAAUAUUGAAAUAAUAAAAUUAGAUGAAUCUGAACGUAUAAAAUAACAAUUAAGAAAUUUUUAUUAAAAAAUAUCAUUAGGACAUGCAUAUAUAAAUUCUGGGAAAUAAUAUUAAUCUUAAGUUAUGUAAUGUGUUGUUAGAAAUUUAAAAGCUCUUUAUUAUUUAUCAAACUAAGAAGAAACUAAUCUUGCUGCAACAGAAAUAAUUACAAAUCCAACACUUGAACAUGCAUUACAAUUAUGGAGAAUUAUUGAUGAAUCCAAAAUAGUAAAAGCUGGAUAUAAAAUAUAAUUAGAAUAAGUAAAAUUGAAGAAAAUAAUUUAUAUUCCAAGAUUAUUUAAUCAAAUUACUUUAGAUACUUUACAUCAUUUUAAUAAAAAUUCAACUGAUAUUCCAAAAAAUUUAUUAUAUUAGGUAGCAUUUAGAAGUAUUAGAAAGAAAUAAAAUGAUUAUGACAUUAGAGUUAGAGUUAUGUGUAAUAAAUAAAUAUUUAAACAAAAAAUAACUAAUUAAGAUUUUGCAUAAAUAGUUAGAAAUUUAACUAAAAGUGAAUUCUAAAUUUAAAGAUCUUAACAUAUAUAAUAAUUAUAAUAACCAUCAAACUUUUUUGGAGGUUGUUGUGUUUCAUCAAGAAAUGAAAUUGGAGAAAUAGGAUUAAAUAUUAUGUAAAAUAUAAUUAUACAUAUACAUGGAGGAGGAUUUAUAUCAAUGUCCUCUUUUUCUCAUUAAUCAUACACAAGAAAAUGGGUUAAUCAAUUGUCUAAUACAGUAGUCUUUUCUAUUGAUUAUCGUUUAGCUCCUGAAAAUCCAUUUCCAUUAGCACUUGAUGAUUGUUGGCAAUAUUAUAUGUGGAUAAUUCAUUUUAGUUCUGCCUAUUUUAAUAUAUGUCCAAAAAAUAUUAUAUUAAUUGGAGACUCAGCUGGUGGUAAUUUGGCUUUAGGAAUAUUGAUUAGAUCAAUAGAGACUAAUUAAAGAAUUCCAGAUAAAAUAAUUUUAUAAUAUCCUGCAGUUAAUUUGAAUCUUUGUGAUGUAGUACCAUCCAAUCUCAAAAGUAUGAAUGAUUAAAUGAUACCAAUGGGUCUAUUAAUGUUAUGUAGAUAAAGUUAUCUAAAAAAUCAAUCAGAUUUACCAAAUGAUUAUUAUGCAUCUCCUAUUCAAACUCCUUAAGAAAUUAUUAAACAAUUUCCUAAAGAUUUUGUUAUUUUUGUUGGAUAAGAUGAUGUAUUAUUAGAUAAUUCUGUAGAAUUUGUUCAUUAUUGUAAAGAUAAUGGAUUAGAUAAUAUUAAAUUGAAAGUUUUUGAAAGUCUUCCUCAUGGAUUCUAGAAUAUGGGCAUGAGAAGUAAUGGUGUAAUUGCUGCUGAAUCUGCAAAUAGACAAAUUAUAGAAUAAAUAAAAGAAUUUAUUGUUUGA